CACUUCCACACAGUGCAUGGAAAAAAAAAAGCCCUCAGACAUGGACGAGCACAAAAUGGCUCCUCACACACACUCACACUGACCACAGCCCGAGCACGGUGACUGUAGGAGACAUUGGGAGUCUGUUUUUGGAUUAACAGUCAGCAUCCCCACACAGCGAGACAGGAGACAGGAUGAUGGAGAAGCUGAAGCGGGAGCGCGCCAGCCCGGGCGUCGAGGACGAGCAUAAAGGGGAGAACGUCUCGCCGAGGGGUGACGGCGCUGGGGAGGAGGUCGAGGCGCACGGGAAACAGGAAGACACGACGUGCACCACCGCCAUCUCCACCAUCACGACGACCACCAUCACGACGACGCCCGGGUGCGCCGAGAGCGCUCGGAGGGAAGCCCCCCACCUCCUGCUCCUCCACCUGAACGGCGUUGCCAAGGAAACGGCGCUCGGAGGAGGCGAGCUCAAACCGGAAGUGGCAGUGAUCGAGCUGGCCACGAGAGGCGGUAUAAAAGGCGCAGAGCUCGAGGCGGACUUCAGACAUACGGUGCAGACCACCGAACUGCGCAGACCACCCGUUCCUCUACCGCUGCCCCCGAGGGAGCCGCCGAACGAAGCCAAGCGAAUGGUGCAACUGAGCCCGGCCGCCUUCCCCGCUCUGCCCGCCCGCGCCAUGCUCUACAGCAACGUGGCGCAACCGCUCGCCACUCUCAACAGUGGCUUCGCUGGGGAUGCGGAGCAGUACGGCAUGUACCCCAGCAACCGCAUGAAGCGCAGAGCUGCGCCCUACGAGAUCGAGAUCAGCGAUGGUUCACAGCCGAAGAUUGUGCGGCGCAUCUUCACAAACAGCCGUGAGCGUUGGAGGCAGCAGAACGUGAACGGUGCCUUCGCCGAGCUGCGAAAACUCAUCCCUACUCAUCCUCCUGACAAGAAGCUGAGCAAGAACGAGAUCCUGCGCCUGGCUAUGAAGUACAUCAACUUCCUGGCCAAGCUGCUGAACGACCAGGACGACGUGAUGGGCGGCGAAGCUGCGACUCGGGUGCGGGACGGACGAGACGGGGGUCUGGUAAGGGAAGACCUCCUGCAGGACAUGCUGAGUCCAAACUCCAGCUGCGGGAGUCUGCUGGACGGAGAAGGAAGCCCGGACAGCUUCGCCGAGGAGCAGGACUCGUCGGUGGAGUCUAGAGCAUCUGGGCGAGGAGGACUCCACCACUCGACCAUUACCGUAGACACCAGUAACCAGCGAUGACUGAACGCGAAUGGAAAUGGACUCGAGCGAAACUGUGUGGAGCACAGCUUAAUGGAAGCUGAUGGACCUGAGAUGAUUCACGUUAUGUGCAGUCAUAACCACCCCCACCCCCACUCUUUUAAUUAUGUCUUGUGCUAAUUUCCAUUUGGACACUGCCCCCUAUGGGUAAAUGCUGGUACGGGGGAAUCGUAAUGGUAGAUUUUGAGAUAAGAGAGCAUGGUUUUGAGACACAAGUGAGAUUUUCAGAACGGUACCCUUCCUAGAAUUCAGCUCCAUCAUCUGGUCAGGUACACAUCACUAUUGAAGAAAAAAAAUCCCAUUGAAUAUCGCAGGAAUUUUUCUUAACCAUCCUUCAGUGUGGAAAAUAUCAGACAGAACUCUUCCUGGUGUUGGAGGUUGAUAAGACACUUUUUUUGUAUAGAACAUGUCUAUGUUAUAUUCAUGGUAAUUACUGUACCCACAGUAGCAGCUACAAUAAUGAAGAAAUAAAAGCUGCCAUUUUGUAAAUGGCGUUUAAAUACGAACACAUUGGAUAUAAACCUACAAACACACACACACACACACACACACACUUAAACACAUGUAAGUAAGAAGGUCGUGAUGGUCCGAGGUACAAGCGUGACGCUCCAAGUGUACAUAAAUAAACUCAAUAAUGUCGUACAUGUGUAUCUAAAGCCGAACCCCACGCAUCCGUACUGUUCAUCUUCAUUGUGAAUAUGGUACAAUGAAAAUCAAAUAUUUUUUUUCCCCCUUUUCUUACGUUGUUCAUCUCCUUUUCCGAAAUCAUUCCUAAAGAAUCCAGUAAGUGUGUUAUCACUGUAUUUAAAUUUUAUCCAAUUGAUCUGCUUUUUCAGCAGACUAUUGAGUAACCAGUCUUGGUACCUUUAAUUCUUUUUUUUUGUGUAUUAUUAAAAAAAAGAAAAAAAAACAACAACAAAGCUGUUAUUUUAAAUGUGAUAUUUAGUAGACAGACCUUUGUUGUAAGGUGAAGAUGAAAUCUAUAUAUAAACAUGCAAUGUUAUAUCUUACAGAAUUUUAUAGAACAUGAAAUAAAACUGAACAAACAGGAGUGAAA